AAUAAAAUUCUAAUGAAUUGUAAUAUGAUAGCACGAGUUCACGGACCUACGUAUUGAUUACCAGGAAUAGAUUUUCCAAGAAGCAAUAACGAAAGUUAAAUGAUGCAUGGAUUACAAACAAAACCUGCUGUCUUAUCUCAUUUGCAUCACUCAAGUAGAAUUCAAAUAAGGAGUUUUUACACAUACCGGUGUUGUGUAGAGACGAUAGCAAUAUUCGUUAAGUUCAAUUUAUAUUUUCCAAAAGGAAUCCAAAACGCUGAGAGGUGGUCGUAAUGUAAUCGUAAAAGAGUACAACUACACUAAUCUUCCAGUGCUUCUUUAGUGUAGUUGCCCGGACUACGUAAUGGAAUUAUCGGUUUAAGAAGGUUCAUUUUUUCUCGUUUCAAAUGGCUACUGCUUUAGAAACUGACCCGAUCAAUGAACUUGAAGAAAAUCUACAAUGUACUGUAUGUCUGGAGCCGCUAAAAGACCCGAGAACUCUUCCUUGCUUCCACUCAUUCUGUAAAGAUUGUUUGGAAGACGUUGUGAAAACACGUCGUGACGAAGCACCUCACGGUCGACUAGUUCGAGAGUUUCCAUGUCCAAAUUGUCGAGAGAUGUUUACACUCGAUCCUGAUAAAAAUGUCGCCGACAUGAGAAGAAAUCAUUUCAUCUGCAACAUUGUAAGAGUAACAGCCGUACUCAACCGAGAUCGAGGAACUGGCGUUCCGUGUUCCCAUAAUUGUAGUCAAAGCUACUCAGUCGCUCGCUGUGUCACUUGUGAGAAUUUUUUAUGCCAAGAAUGUCUGGCUAUUCACGACAGUUAUCGAGGACACACUGGUCAUUCUGUUCUGACGAUGGAAGAGUUGUCAAAGCCGGAGAAUCGUAAGAAAAUCAAUGACAAAAUGUAUUGCAAUGAACAUCAGGGGAAGAAACUUAAAGUUUAUUGUGAAACCUGCGACCAGCUGAUUUGUAAGGACUGCAUGGAUUUUAAACACACGAAGCCAGAUCAUUCAUGUUUUCUUGUUAAGGAUGUGGCCGACAAAUAUAAGGAGCUACUUGCUUCGAAUAAUAAGAAAAUGGAUGAAGUUUUAACAGAAGGAAAUGCCAUUCUUGAACGAUUAACGAGUUCGACAGAACGACUUGGUCACGAUGCUGAGCAUGUCAAACGCGAGAUUACUAAAAAGAAAGAGCUAAUAGCGAUGGCAUUCGGUGAAAUGUUGGAUCAAAAAGCAGACUCACUUAAAAACGAUGUUGAUCGAAGAAUUUACUUUGAACGAUUGAAGUUGAACAUUCAGAAGAGGGAAACAAAGCCGUAUGUUGAUAAUAUACAAAGAUCUGUUCUUCUUUCAAAGAAAUUAGUCGACCAAGGCACUGAAGAAGAAAUACUUUCCUCCCAGAAAAGCAUGCUGAAGAGCGCAGAUAAUCUCCUGAAGAAACGUCGGGAAUAUCUAAAAGAACCUGAAUCUGUAAAGUUGUGCUAUACUCCGACUCCCUGCGCUGACAAGGAACCAUUAAACCAAGAGAUUUUGAGUGGAUUGGAGAAGAGUUUAGGAAAGGUGAUUGAAGGAAAAGAUAGCAAAGGGAUUGUAGGUCAUCAAUCCAAGUUAAACCCAAAGGCACCCGUGUUUGCUUUAUCUCGGAGUUUUUCGUCACCUGCUCCCAGUUAUUCCAAUGCCAUGACGCGGAACUCGAGUGAAGGUAACCUUUCAGGAUCACCUAAAAAACGUGAUAAUGAAAGAUGCCCAAUGUGCCAGUCUGACUUCACAGAUAAGAAAACAUUAUCUGAAUGUGGUCAUUCAUUCUGUGCUGCAUGUAUUGAUAAAGUAUUUGAAUAUCAAAACAAAUGUCCAGUUUGUGGCCAGGUUGAUGGCGCUCGUCCAGGGAACCAGCCUCCUGGUGUGAUGUCAGAUAAAACCCGUUCAACACAACUCCCUGGUUUUACUGAGUGUGGGACUCUUGUUAUAACUUAUCAUUUUCCAAGUGGUAUCCAAGAAUUGGACCACCCUAAUCCUGGGAAACCAUAUGAGGAAGCAAUGCAUAUCGCUUAUUUACCAGACAACAAAGAAGGACGGAAAGUUCUAAUAUUGUUGAAAAGAGCGUUUGAACAAAAGUUAACGUUCACAAUCGGACGGUCAGAAACAACAGGAUUAAAUGACUGUGUUGUAUGCAAAAUUGAGCACAAGAAAUCCGUUUCAGGCGGGCCAAGCAACUUUGGUUAUCCUGAUCCAAAUUAUCUGGCGAGAGUUGAACAGGAACUUGCUGAAAAAGGAAUUACAGAAUACUGAAACGAAGCUGUAACAAGAUCAUUCAAAUAACUUGAACAACUUGUGUAUUAGCCUUUCUCACGAUGACGAAUAUCUACCAUUUUUGGGGUACUUUCAAUUUUCUUAAAUAGGUUUAAAAAGUUAUAGCAAUAUGAAAAGCGUUUUUUUGGAAUCAACAGACCAUUUGAAGAAUAAAUUCAGCCUAAAAUUGAAGAUAGUUGGCGUUAAGACCUUCACGAUUUCGAAAAAAAGUACCCCAAAAAUGGCGGCAUAUUCGUCAUCGUGAGAAAGGCUAAUUGGACGAGUCUUCCUUUGAGAGUAAACUCGAAGUCUAACAGACUGUAACAGUAAAUGAACAACAAAAUCCCCUUUGAUGAGAAAAUUAUUAAUGUGAGAAACACAAAGGAAUUAUGAUGUCAAAUCUUUCAAACCAAUAAACAUUUGCUACUAAACAUGCAAUGCUUACUAAUGGCAAUCAGACGAAGAUGCAGCAGUGACCAGCGAAUCGAGUAUUGUAGAGUAAUCGAGGACCUACUUCCUAAACUAGUCUAUGUUACUUAUAACUGUAGUUUCCAUUGAUUUCGUGUGAAUUAUAUAAGAGAAAACUGCGCCUUUAUGCUAUUUUAUUUAAUGUAGU